AUGGCUCGUAAGAUGUCGGCAGAAGAGUACCAAGCACUCGGGCGCGAGUACUAUAAGCUCAAGCAGUACGACAAGGCCAUAGAUACGUUUACGACUGGCAUUGAGGCGUGUCCAACCGCUAGUCUUUACGAUUACCGCGCUGCUACCUACGAAAAGCUAGAUAACUUCAACGCUUCUGUCAAGGAUGGUAGAGAGAUGAUCAGGCUGAACAAGAAAGACGUAAAGGGCUAUCUGCGCACAGCAAGCGUGCUAGAGAAGAUGAACAAGCCAGAAACCGCACUUGGUAUCUACAAGUACGGCAUGAAGAACGUUCCUGUCGAUGACAAAAAUUUCAAGCUUCUCCAACAACUCCAUGACAAACUUACACGCACUCUAUCACCGCCAGCAGCUAUGGAUCCCUUCACCGUGCUGCCCAGUGAGCUCGCGGAAAUGGUCUUUGAGUAUCUCACCUUCCGGCAAAAAGUAAACUGCAUGCGCGUCAGUAAAGGCUGGCGCGACUACCUCUCCAAGUUGCCGAAGCUGUGGCUACACCUUGACCUCUCUGGCGCCCGGAGGCCUGUUCCACGUGCAUUCGUCAACACGAUGUUCAAGCGGUCAGAGUACCGCAUGUCGCGCAUAACGAUCCAUCGCUUCGAGCAUAUGGAUGUGCUCCACAACCUUGCUAUAGCCGCCAAGUAUCUCACCGACAUGGAGUUGAUUUCGCUGCCGCACAAAUCCUCUCCGGCGCUCCUUGAGAUUGUGCGAGCCGCAAAGAAUCUCAAGAGGUGUAUCAUACACGAGACAAUCACACUCAGCCAUGUUGAAAGCAUACUUGAAGCGCGACCUUUACUCGAGCAUGUCCUCUUCAACGCCUCGGAUCCCAUGGCAUCGAGAGAUCGAACUGGACAAUGGCCCGUAACACUAAACAAUCUGCAAUCAUUCACUAUGCACGUCAGCGGCGGGAUGUACGACGAGCGCUUUGACUUCACCAGGUUCUUCAGCCGUACACCAUCACUACGAUCCUUCUCACUUAAAGGCCUCACUAACGGAAACAACCCUCUCAACACCUGGCCAACUGACAUAUCACUCCUUCCCCCAUUAACAAGUCUCUCUAUAAAAGACUCGGGAAGAAUACGCGUCAACCACCUCCCCCCCACUCUCCAAUCUCUCGAAAUACACAGCCUAGGCUUCCGCGAUAGUCUGGCCGUUAACGAGUUGUUACUAUCCAAAUUUCCCGAACUCACGCACCUCAGCCUCUCAGGCUACGAAAACGUACCCGCAGACUUCUUGCAUCUCCUCCUCGACGGAAUCGCCCAAUUGGACGAUGGCCCAGAAGCUCUGCUGUCUAAUAAGCCAUUAGUCUCAUUGAAGCUUGGCGUAACUGUAGAGGACGGCGACGACAUAGACCUUGGAACCACAUUGUCAUUUUCAAGGCGGGUUCUCACUCCCGCACUGCAACACCUCACUAUGCCGGGUAUGAAGUGCACCGACGAUGAUAUAGAGGCACUGGUUAGGUGUAAAACGGGGUUGAAGGACAUUGAUCUCUCCUGUACACAGAUUACGGGCGCUGCAAUUGUCAUGCUGGCUGACAAGGUACCGACGCUCGAAAGCAUCAAGGUACAUGAUUGUAGGAAAAUUAGUAGCCGCGAGGCGAUUGAGUAUGCGGCUCGUCGCGGUGUUCGUGUUGAUUACCGUAUGAAUGAGCACAAGGGUGGACGGAAGAUUCGGAUGUAG